AUGCGCUGGUAUGUUUGUGCGCCCAGAUGCCUUCAUGCUCCGGUUCCUUGCCGUUCGCGGCUGUUUUUUUUGCUUAAACAGGUCGCCGAUACUAUCGGUGCAGUCGAGACCUUUGGCGCGAAGCUCCACCGCCAACUCUCGCCUGCCAAUUGGCUCAAGAAUGCCGGCCCCACAGGCAUCAACGCCGACAGCAACCGUCGUCUGUCCUGGAAGUACGGCGGCGGUUCGAGCGACAGUGGUAGCUCGAGCGACAGCGGUGAUGAAUCGGGCCCCAGCCACGACUCCGGCGGCGGAUGA